AUGGCUUCUUCACCUUUGAACCCAAAAUCCAAUUUUCAUGCUCGUUCAAACAGCUUGCCUGCUAGGCCUCAUCCUCUUAUUCCUCAAAUAGAUAAGCAUAUCUGUAGGCUAAAGUCCAAUGAAGCAGCCUCAGCAUCAUCUUCAUCAAUCGGACAAAAACUAAGUGGCCUUAGAGAUCUGUAUGAGUUGGUUGAUAGUUUGCUUCAAUUGCCUCUCUCACAAAACUCCUUAGCCCAACAAUGCAAUGAUAAACAGAUUAAUGAGUUAUUGAAUGGGUCUCUUAGGCUCUUGGAUGUAUGUGGUGUGGCCAAGGAUGCAUUAUUGCAGGCCAAGGAAGAUACCCAAGAACUUCAAUCAAUUUUGAGAAGAAGAAGAGGUGAUGAAACUGGGUUCACAAAUGAAGCUAAGGCAUACUUGGCUUCAAGGAAGAAAGCAAAGAAGUUAACAAACAAGUCUUUGAGAGAUUUGAAGAGUAAAUGUGACUUGGAAAUUGAAGUUGAAGAUACAAUUAGGAUGUUGAGGGAGGUAGGAGGAGUUACCUUCACAGUGUUUGAAUCACUCUUGUCCUAUAUCAGUGGCACGAAGAUGCAACCAAAAUCUUCCAAAUGGUCUUUGGUGUCCAAGUUGAUGCACUCCAACUCGAAACGCGUGACAUGCGGGGGAGAAGCAACAGAAACCAACGAAUUUGGGAAAGUGGAUGCUGUUUUUGGCGCUCUCAUUGGUCACAAGAAUAGAAAAUCUAGUUACAUGAGCAUUGAGAAUGCAAAAAUUGAGUUGCAGAAAUUGGAGUCAAGCAUUCGAGAUCUUGAAGACGGAGUGGAGGAAACUUAG